GUUCAUUGAUAGGUGCUGUCAGAUCUGUUGCACUAUUUCUUUUUAUGUAAUUCAAAAUAAAAAAAUUCUAAAUUAUUAGGUAAACUCAAAAAAAGGAGCGGAAACUUAGAAACAGGAUAUAUUAAAUUAUUGAAAAUGGGAGCAGUGCACGCUAAGUCAGCAGACAACGCGGGUGAGGUGGGGGGUGGACUAUUUGAAUUUGAAGAGCCCAUCGAACUUGAAGAACCUAUGCCCAAGCCACAGAUCAAACUCGAAGGUGUUAGGGUGCGCCGCGCGCUGGACUCUAUGGGCUGUUUCCGUGAGAUCGGCGUGUUUAUUGACGUGUCGUCGGGGCCUGACGCGACGCCAGAGGGUCUCGAGGUGACGUUCCAAGUGAAGGAGCUGUCGCGCGUGGUGGGCGGCAUCAACACCACCGUCAGCGAGAACGAGGGCAACCUCGUGCUAGGCGUGAAGCUGCCGAACGUGUGCGGGCGCGGCGAGCGCGUGGCGGCCGAGUACAGCGUGGGCCACCGCGCCUCCUCCAACUUCAGCGUGGCCGCCGCCAAGCCCUUCCCGCACCGCCCGCGCGCGCCCACGGCGACGGCGACGCUGUACCAGCAGAACCACGAGUACCCGUGGUCCGGCUACAAGCUGCUGGACCGCGGCCUGCUGCUCGACCUCGCCUUCCACACAUCCGCCGCGACCAAACACAACCUUCAGUGGGAGGGACUCGUGAGGGACACGUCGGUGAUCAACAAGUCGACCAGUUUCAGAGUGCGCGAGAGUAGCGGUCCCCAGAUGAAGUCUGUGGUCCGGCACAUAGUGAGCGUGGACCACCGCGACGAGGCGGUGUUCCCGACGCGCGGGACGUGGGUCCAGUUCUCCAGCGAGGUGGCCGGCCUCGGCGGCGGCGUCGCGCAUCUCAAGACCGAGCUCAACGUGCAGGCCAACGUUCGAGUGCUGGACGAUGUCGUGCUGCAGGCGACGGGCGCGGGCGGCGCGCUGCACGACGUGUUCGGCUCGUCGCUGCCGGACCGGCUGUUCCUGGGCGGGCCCACCUCCCUGCGCGGCUUCCGGCAGCGCGGCGUGGGCCCGCAUGCGGACUCGCAGGCCCUCGGGGGGAAGCUGUACUGGGCGGGCGGCGUGCACGCGUGGGGGCCGCUGCCCUUCACGAGCGCGCGCGCGGGCGUGGCCUCGCUGCUGCGCGCGCACGCCUUCCUCACGGCCGGCUGCCUCUGCGACCCCGACGAGGAGGGCGUGUCGUGGGCGGCGGGGCUGAGCGGCGCGCGCGUGUCGGCGGGCGCGGGGGUGGCGCUGCGGCUGGGGCGGGGGGCGCGGCUGGAGCUCAACUACUGCGUGCCGCUGCGGGCGCGCCCGCACGACGUCACCGCGCCCGGCAUUCAGUUCGGCGUCGGCGCCGACUUCCUAUAGAUGCGGCACACCGGAACACGAAACGCUUAAUUAUACAUAAAUUAUUACCGAAUUGAAUGUAUGAAUGUGGUCGAUUAUUUUAAUACGCGACGCAGACGACGCAGCGCCGCGACGUGUACAUACAGAUAGCUUAGUGAUUGUUAAUAUACAAAUGUUUUAUUAUU